AUGGCGGACACACCCACGGCGACAGCGGCGACAGCGGCGACAACGGACGCCGGGCUCACCCUCCGAGAUGACGGCCCUGCCGCACACACCCCGUCGUCCUCCAACAUCUCGCAACCGUCGUCCUCCAACAUCUCGCAACCGUCGCCCUCGAGUGUCCCGUCCAGCAUCUCGGAGAGCAGGAAACGCAGCCUCCCCGCAGCCUCCCCCGACGAAGGCCGCCGCUAUUCGUCUGCAACGGCCGCCAGCCGGCGAAGAAACCACAAAGUCAGCCGUGCGUGCGACUACUGCAAGGCCAAGAAAUUGAAAUGCUCCGGCACCAUCCCCUGCGACGGGUGCACGAGGAAGAGGCUCUCGUGCAUCUACGAUGCUUCCUACCGUCGAGGCAGACCGCCGACGCCUCCUCCGGCACCCGGCCCCCGCCACGAGACGACUGAGACUACGCUGACCCGUUUACUCCCUCCUAUUGAGGCGCACAGGAAACUGCUUCCUACCGAGGCGCCCCUCUUGCUACACCCUUCCCCAGGAGUCACGCUGCCGGGUCUAAGUACAGUCAACGCCGCCCGGCCUAUAGACUCCGAGCUUGCACCCAUCAACAUCACGGACGUUGGAGCAAACGAGAGCGUCCCACCGACGUCGAGGGCGUCGCCAGAAGUCGAGAUGGCCGAGAUCGGAGGGCAGUACGUUGACAACACGUCAAGCCUUACCUUUCUUCACCGGGCCUGGAAACGUCUUUCCUCGCAGAGGUCGGGCGGGAGCGAUGCUCCGGGACACGUCCCCAGCGGCGUCGAGCAGCACCAGAAGCUGACGAGGGCCGGUGACAAGCCGUUUGAAUCCCAUGUUCUCGAUGUCUCGGCUCUCCCGGAUCGAUCCACGGGCCUGGGGAUGCUGCGCUUCUACUUCGACGUCUGCGUCGUGACCUAUCGCUGUCUGCACCAGGGUUAUGUCACCGAGUGGUUCGAGGGGCUGCUUACGAAUGCACAGGUCAACCGGCCCCUGCAUCACGGCAUAGGAUACGCCAAGGCCUCCAUCGUCAUGACCAUUCUGGCCAUCGUCACGCUGCGGCAAAGCAAGGUCCGAGGAGGCACCGGUACUGCCGCGGCGGAGAGCUCUGAUCUCCGGCGCAGCGAUGCUUACUUCUCUCACGCUUCAAGCCUCACAGACAUGGAGGUCGGCCUGCCGAAACUGGAGUCCGCGCAGUCUCGUCUGUUGCAAGCUCUCUACCUCCUCCAGACGUCCCGCAUGAACCAGGCAUGGUACGUCUUUGGGAGCAUCCUCCCCAUCGUCUCGGCGCUGGGCCUGCACCGGAAGUCUGGCCGCAACAGGGGCAGCGGCGACAGGGACUACAUCAUCUCGCAGUGUAGGAAGAGGACUUUCUGGGUGGCCUACACCAUCGACAAAUACCUGUCCGUCGUCUUUGGCCGUCCUAGGAUGUACCACGACGACAACAUCGACCAGGAUUUCCCGGACCGCGUCAACGACGAAGACAUGACGCCCCAAGGGAAGUCGAGGGAUGAGCCCGAGAUGGACUGCCACGUCGAGAGCCUCAUCUUCCACGCGAAGCUAGCCCAGCUCAUCGACGGCAUCUCGAGAGAGGUCUACUCGAUCAAGCACAUACCCAAGCACGACCGCCUCAUGGCAGCCCACCGGUACGGCCAGGCUCUUCACCAGUGGCGCGAGUCGCUCCCCCAUCACCUGGGCACCGUCCGGCCCAUGUCCUUAAUCCCUUCGUUCCGACGUCAGAACACGGCCCUCAAGCUUGCGUAUUGCCAUGCCAUCAUGCACGCCAACCGUCCCUUUCUCCUCGGUACCGGGGCGUCUAACAAGAGCGGCCGGCGUUCCGCCCUGGACGACAGCGUCGACGAGUGCAUCAACGCCGCCAAGGCCGCGCUCGAGACGGUCGACGGCAUGGCCAGCGACGGCACGCUGUUCCACGCCUUUUGGUGGACGCCGUACGUGACCUUUUGUGCGCUGGCGGUUGUGUACGUGUGGGAGAUCCAGAGGGGCAGAGAUGACGGCGAGGAGGGGCUCUUUGAACUCGCCGAACGCUGCCAGAACCACCUGGCGGACGCCACCGCCGCCGAGAGCCCGGGUCGCAGGUACAGCGUCAUCCUCGAAGAGCUUCGACAGGAGGCCAGGUACCAUUCUGCCGGGCCCUCGGGUCGCGACCAGAGGCCCGCGACCGAGCCGGCCGAGCGCCGCGGAGGCGCCGAGCCGACGCGGCUGGACGACGCCCCGAGACCCCCGGCGCCGCCGGCAGAUAUGGGCGAGGUGUUCCAGCAGCCGGGCUUCGAGGGCAUGACGAGCCUCUUCAGCAGCUGGGAGACCACGGACUGGCUGGAUCUCGACUCUUCGGUACACCAAUUCCUCCAAAGGAUCUAA